GAGGCGCACAUCUGCCGAGCCGGGGACCCGCCCCGCCCCCGGCCACGGGGCCCACGCCCCGAGCGGUCCGCUGCCCGCCCAGGCGCAGUGCAGCAGGGCGCGCUCCCGCACGCGCCAGCCCGCGAUCCCGCGCACGCGCGCAGGACCCGCGCCGUCCCUCUGAGGCGGGAGGGGGCCGAGAGGGGCGUCACGGAGCCCCGGGGUGGGGGGGGGAGGAGGAGGAGGAGGAGGCGGCCGCGUCGCCUCCGGCGGGGCUCGCGCUCGCCCUAGCGCUCGCCGUCCGCCUCGCCCGAGCCCCGGGAGGGUGAAACGCUUUCUCCCGGCAUGCAGCGGGAGGAGGGAUUUAACACCAAGAUGGCGGACGGCCCGGAUGAGUACGAUACUGAGGCGGGCUGCGUGCCCCUUCUCCAUCCAGAGGAACUCAAACCCCAAAGCCAUUAUAACCAUGGAUAUGGUGAACCUCUUGGGCGGAAAACUCAUAUCGAUGAUUACAGCACGUGGGACAUAGUCAAGGCUACACAAUAUGGAAUUUAUGAACGUUGUCGAGAAUUGGUGGAAGCAGGAUAUGAUGUCCGACAACCAGACAAAGAAAAUGUUACACUCCUCCAUUGGGCUGCCAUCAAUAACAGAAUAGAUUUAGUCAAGUACUAUAUUUCAAAAGGUGCUAUUGUGGAUCAACUUGGAGGAGACCUAAAUUCAACUCCAUUGCACUGGGCCACAAGACAAGGCCAUUUAUCCAUGGUUGUGCAACUAAUGAAAUACGGUGCAGAUCCUUCAUUAAUUGAUGGGGAAGGAUGCAGCUGUAUCCAUCUGGCUGCUCAGUUUGGACAUACCUCAAUUGUUGCUUAUCUCAUAGCAAAAGGACAGGAUGUAGAUAUGAUGGAUCAGAAUGGAAUGACACCUUUAAUGUGGGCAGCUUAUAGAACACAUAGUGUGGAUCCAACUAGAUUGCUUUUAACAUUCAAUGUUUCAGUUAACCUUGGUGACAAAUAUCACAAAAAUACUGCUCUGCACUGGGCAGUACUAGCAGGGAAUACCACAGUCAUUAGUCUUCUUCUGGAAGCUGGAGCUAACGUUGAUGCCCAGAAUAUCAAGGGAGAAUCAGCACUUGAUUUGGCAAAGCAGAGAAAAAACGUGUGGAUGAUCAACCAUUUGCAAGAGGCAAGGCAAGCCAGAGGAUAUGACAAUCCCUCAUUCCUUAGAAAGCUAAAAGCUGAUAAGGAAUUCCGGCAGAAAGUAAUGCUAGGAACUCCUUUCCUAGUUAUUUGGCUGGUUGGGUUUAUAGCAGACCUAAAUAUUGAUUCUUGGCUCAUUAAAGGGCUAAUGUAUGGUGGCGUUUGGGCUACAGUACAGUUUCUUUCAAAGUCCUUUUUUGAUCAUUCAAUGCAUAGUGCGUUGCCCCUUGGAAUAUAUUUGGCAACCAAAUUCUGGAUGUAUGUGACAUGGUUCUUUUGGUUUUGGAACGAUCUCAACUUUUUAUUUAUUCAUCUUCCAUUCCUCGCUAAUAGUGUUGCACUUUUUUAUAAUUUUGGAAAAUCUUGGAAAUCAGAUCCAGGGAUUAUUAAAGCCACAGAAGAGCAAAAGAAAAAGACAAUAGUUGAACUUGCAGAGACAGGAAGUCUGGACCUCAGUAUAUUCUGCAGUACCUGUUUGAUUCGGAAACCAGUGAGGUCCAAACACUGUGGUGUGUGCAACCGCUGUAUAGCGAAAUUUGAUCAUCAUUGUCCAUGGGUUGGUAACUGUGUAGGUGCAGGCAACCAUAGAUACUUUAUGGGCUACCUAUUCUUCUUGCUUUUUAUGAUCUGCUGGAUGAUUUAUGGUUGUAUUUCUUACUGGGGACUUCACUGUGAGACCACCUACACUAGGGAUGGAUUUUGGACAUAUAUUACUCAGAUUGCCACAUGUUCACCUUGGAUGUUUUGGAUGUUUCUGAACAGUGUUUUUCAUUUCAUGUGGGUGGCUGUGUUACUUAUGUGUCAGAUGUACCAGAUAUCAUGUUUAGGUAUUACUACAAAUGAAAGAAUGAAUGCCAGAAGAUACAAGCACUUUAAAGUCACAACAACAUCUAUUGAAAGUCCAUUCAACCAUGGAUGUAUAAGGAAUAUUAUAGACUUCUUCGAAUUUCGAUGCUGUGGCCUCUUUCGUCCUGUUAUUGUGGACUGGACCAGGCAGUAUACAAUAGAAUAUGACCAAAUAUCAGGAUCUGGGUACCAGCUUGUGUAGCAGCAUCUUUAUCCUAUGAAGCAUAUUGCUUAGUGGUGCCUGAAAAUUGUGUCUGUCCGCGUCUCUCACACUCGAACCCACAUCCUUGGAACAACAGCAUGCUAUGUGUAGAGCUAACAGUGAAUUUUACAGUCUUUUUUUUUUUUUCCAACACUUUUAUUAACAAAAGUAAACAUGGACAGAACACACUGCCACUUCUGGGAAGAAUAAAGAUCAUAAAAAUUUGAAUGGUUCUUAAUGUGGGAAUUCACAACAUAGUCAACUUUGUGGUUUUGUUCUCAUAACAUUUUUCAUGAAAAGAGUGAACUUACUCUGUUGAUAAAUAUGGCAUACUGAUCAGAAAUGUUCAGUUCUAACCAAAAACUAAAUUUAUGUUAUAUGGCUAAAUUUUAUGAAGCAAUACUAAAAGUAUUGCAUCUAAUUCCAGGAAAAUUGGAAGUGACUAGUAUUAUGUACAUUUUUAAAUGUACAUGUAAAUACUGUGACGAAAAUCAUGUGGUUUUAUUAGGGAUCUACUGUAAUGUGUCUUUAAAGGCACAAGAAAAUAAUGUUCACAAAAAUGUGCUAAAUCUUGUUUCCAUCAGCUGUUGCAAUGCUGGUAUAUUUCUAGUUCAGUGAAAUAAUUUGUAGCAACCUUGCUCUAAGGUUUUAUGGUCUGAUAAUAAAGCACUUGCAUGAGUAUACUAAGUCAUAUUAUUUUGUUGAAAUUUAAAAGCCCUAAGUGCAUGAUAUACUUCAUAGAAUGUAUACUAGCAGAAAAUAUCCAGUGAAGCAUAAAUUAGAAUUUAAUUUCAAGUAGAAACAGUCCAAUUUUUAAAAGAGUUGAGGUGGGAAUUUCAACAAAAGGCCGAACAAGUAAGAUACUGCAAAAUUCUUACCAAUAGAGAUAAAUGGAUAUACUUUUUAAAUUCUGAGCUGAAAAUAAAUUGUAGGCAAAAUAAUGGAGUUUAAGUUAAAGAUGGAGCAUGUCUCUGUAAAUAGCACAUGUGAAUAAAAGAAAAGCUAGUGGUAUAUUCCAUUUUUUUUAAUGACCUAUCAGAAAAGUUUAAUCCCCAAGAUUAUUUAAAUUUUCAAUAUUGAAUGUUUUGAAGUUUGUUAGUGCUGUCUGAGACAAUUUCAGAAAGAUUUUCUUACUAUUAAAUGUAAUGCACUGAUCAAUUUUUGUUGCAGCAUUUCCAUACCCUCGUGGUGAACUACUAGUCACUGCUUCCAUGAAUAUUGUUUACAGAGUGAGACUUGGUUUAGUCCUUUUAAAUGCUGUAGCAAACUGUGGUUCGAGCAACCUUGGGAAAUCUGUGAGAGGGAAUGGUAGGGUGGGAGGGAGGGUAGGGGGAGGAAGGUCAGACUGAUGACAGAUCCUAGACCAGUAUAAAGAAUGUGUAUCUGUAUAUAAAUAAUUUAUCAAAUAGUUUUCUCUUUGUGUCUAUGUGUAUUAGUGUUUUUAAAGCUGCUCAUUUCAUUUUGUCCAACCAAAAAGAAAAGGGAGAUAUUAAUGAGCUUCUAGUGAUGUUCAAUAUUGCUGUUAAUAGGCAUUAUACCCUGCAAGUUCACUGCAUGUCUGAUGCUUGGUAAAAUUAGUAUUCCCUGUAAAAUGCAAAAUACAGAUAUUAAAGCAAUCUAGAGGUAUACCGCCCCUUGCCUUAGUAAGAGGAGCAGUGAAAAUGUAUAUAGUUGAUGUUCAGUAUUUCCAAGCACUACCAUUUUUUAUAGUAAUUUCUUUGACCAUAACUCACACAUCAAGAUUACCCUAGUGUACCUGAGUGUUUUAAUAUUAGAAAACUGGCAUAUGUACUUUAUUUUUGAAAAGGGAAGAGAUGGGUGUGGGGGUGGCAAUAAAUAGCAGUGUGCCAUUUUGUCAUAGAAUGUAAAAAAUUGGUUAACUGUACAAAUGUCUCCGCUAGUUUUGACUAAUUGGGGGAAAUUUUAAAUAAUUUUUAAAUUCAAAGUUAUUUAUAAAAUGCUAGGAUUUGUUUUAAUUUUUUGUAUUUUGAGUCACUUUACAUGAAGACUCAGUUGUAAUUUUUAUCAGAUACAUUUUUAUCAACAGAUAGACUAUGGUUGUUUUCUCAGUUUGAAUGUUGUUACCAUGUUCUUUGUGGUACAAUAUUCUUCUCAGUGCAAGAGAGAUGCCUCUCAGACAAAAAGCCUCUGGUUGUAUAAUUACAUGGAAAAUGUUUGCAAGGAAAAUGCUUUAGUACUAACCAUUUCAUAGUACCAGUGAAAUCUACAACUUAGAAUUGUCAGAUGUUCAGGAACCCAACUAUGCAGCAGUGUGCUGUCUGUUUCAUUAUUUUGUAGAUCCUGUGCGUGGAACCCAGUUUAACCCAGCUCUAAAGUUGUAUAUGAAGGUGAACCUUUUGGGAAUAGCUCAUAUCAGCUUAAUUGGAUACUUUUAGGAAAUAAGAACUUAAUUCUCAGCUCUGAAUACAAAUUAUUUCUCUGAAGUUCUUUCCAUUAUUUUUUGUUGUUUGUAGUUUAUUUGAAAUAUUAAUAGUUAUUAAACAGCAUCAUACUUAAGCUAUGGGUAUUUUUAUUUUAUAUUUUCCUUAUUUAUAACUGUGCCAAGUGUUAUUUUGCUACUUACUGUGUUACUGUGGAAAGAAAAACCUGUAAAGUGUUUAAUAAAUUAGUUCUCCUUACAUAAAUUAAAUGUCAGAAUUUUGUAAAAAUAUUAAUCAGAAUAAAUAUUGACUCUUA